ACCACCACCACCCACCGUCCUGUCAAGCAUGUGCCACUGUAAUCCUCCGCUGCUCUUCUAUGGGUAAUCACUGGACGUGACACUACCUGUAGGUAGGCAACACAGCCGCUUUUGAUGCCGUCUCGAAAGCCGCUAAUACAGUCACCUACAGUGCGACGGCACCAGGCCCCGAUGCAACCGCUGCAAAGACAACGACCUGCUGUGCCAGUACGAUGUCGCCGAAGGCGUCUCGAGGGCUGAGCGCAUGAAAAUCAUGAAGCGGGACAGCAUCACCGGCGAGCUCGAAGACCUCAAGCGCAUCGUCACCUCGCUCCGCUCCGGCACCGACGACCAGGCCGCCGCCAUUCUCGCAAGACUCCGCCUUGGUGAUGCCCCCGAAGACGUUGCAAAAUCCCUUUCCAUGACCUCCUCGCCAGCUGCUUCCACUCAACCCCCCAGCUUACUGGGCCAGGAGUCCACCGAUACCUCUGGAAGUGCAAUGAGCCACGAAUCCGUCUUUGAUCCAAGCAAACCAGCCUCCAAGUUCCGCCAUGGCUCCGCCCCGUCCCUGACAUCGCCCACCACCCAAAACGCUGCCUGGUCGCCUUCAGCGCCCCUUCCCCAGUCUCUGUUUGCCCCGCCGGGUAGAGGCAAGCACGCAGGGGCUGGAGAGGAGCCAUCGUUUCUGAGCCCGCUGUUUGAUCGAGACGAUUUUCUGCUUGCCAAAGCCGAGGCCGAGGCCGAAAGCGAAGAGGCCGACGACGACAUGGAGGGGAGUAAUUUGGACCCGCGACUUGCAAAGCAAGCUUCCAACUUCGAACUCCGUCCUAUCCCGUCUUCGUCGUCGAAGACAUCUUCCCACAGUCAGAGACGGUCGCCGCAGCGGCAGCACACGAUUCGCUCCAUUUAUCCUACACAUCUUGCUGGCCGACAGCCCAUUGUGAAUACCAUUCGUAUCCACCCCAAUCUUGACAUUCGCCGCUUCUUUGGCAAAAUGGCCUACUCCAGCACGGCAGAGGCCAACCAGUAUUCCUCCGAGACGCAGAAUGCGCAGACCAACAACCUCUUCGUUCCCACAUGGGCUAUGCUCCCAAUCAACACAGUGCCUGACCCGGGCUCACUCAAACGCACCGUGCCAAGCAUCCUGCAAGAAGCUGCGAGUAUGAUAGGCACAGGGCAGCCAAUGCAAGACGUCAUCGAGAAGCAUCCCAACAUUGCCGCUCUCUUUGACGAAGACGUUUUCAACAAGUCGGGCAUACUGUCCAAAUGGGCAGUCGGCAUGGUGCAUGGCGUGUUUCUAAAAGGCAACACGUUCACAUGCUUUGGCUCCAUGUACCUUUUCUGGUCACUGAUGCGCUGGAUGAUCUCACCCUCGCCCGAAACCUACAAUGCCAUACCCGACUGGUUCCGUCCUACGCCCAAUCAGCUCUUUAUGCCGCACAUCAAUAUUGUCGACUUUAUCGUCUGGCCUGCCUUUCGCGAACUGGCCGUUCAGAUUCCCGCCAUGCAAGAACGCAUGGAGUGGCUCAUGGAUAUGAGCACCAGCAUCCAGUGCGACUGGUCAUAUACAGCUAGCGAAGCACUCUGCAAGAAUGAGGAAACAGGGCAGGUGGAUCUGUGCAACGAGGCCAGAGAAGUUGUGCGAGACUUGACGAGCUGGAGCGUUGGGCCUAGUUUUCGGGGUUACGUUAGCAACGCCGAUUCUUAUGUUAGAAUCAGAACAGAGGGUUAUUGAUGAAGAGUUGGAUGUACCUUGACAGUACGCAUCAUGAGGUGGGCGUCACAAGAAAGAAAAUACAAGACAAGACCAGAUGAUACAAGUAAACGAAACCAAAUACGGCGAAAUGAUAUACGGAAAUCAAAGGAAAAGCAAUAGAAGCAAAUAUACGUGCGUCCCCCCCUUUUAUUUUGCCAUGCACAUGUAAAUACACGGCAACGAAAGGGGAGUGGAAACGGAGCAAAGACAAGAACAAGGUGGUAGCCAAG